ACAGAAGGUAUACAGAUCUUAAUGGCUAAUAUGUUUGAUUUUAUUAAACGUCUUAAUCCUUCUAAAGAGCAAUGGAGGAUAAAGGUUAGAGUAAUUAGGCUUCGGAAGCAGAAGAAUUUUUGGCAACCAAAACUGGGUGAUAAUAUUGAAAUGCUUCUUUUGGCCGAACAUGUGAUGGUGGGGAAAUUACAACAAUCGAUCUCCUUUUUGGCAUUUGAUGAUGAAUGUGUCAAAGGAAUCUACAUUGUAUUGAGUAAUGAUAUGUCUAAAGGUUACUUCAGUCAAAGACUCAAUUUUUACAUUUGACAGUUCGAGCUUCUCAUUCUACUGAUGAUAAGAACAAGAGAUGUUAGCACCAACUGCCCUCGAAUUUGAAGAAGCUAGACGAAUCAAAUUAGAGGAAAUGAUCUGUGCCUAUAAUCUAUGGGAUGAUCCUGCUAAAUCCAAUGAAAUUCAUGUCAAGUUAGCAGUAGUGCCAAAGUGGUUGAUACUCUCAAGGACCUAAAAUACAGGGUAUUUAUUUAU